AUGAUGGACCCCGUCGCUGAUUUUUACGAGAAAGCAUUUGAUUUCCACCGUUUCUGGUCUGUGGAUGACAAAGAUGUCUAUACUGAAUAUAGUGCUCUUCGUUCAGUAGUCAUGGCCGACCCAGCUGAAAGAAUCAAGGUUCCUAUCAAUGAGCCAGCACUAGGGAAGAAAAAGUUUCAGAUUCAGGAGUUUGUCGACUUUUACGGAGGUGCAGGUGUACAACACAUUGCUAUCAACACAAAUGAUAUCAUCACAUCUGUAACCAAUAUGCGCCAACGAGGCUGUGCGUUCCUGACCAUUCCGGACACGUACUAUAUUGCACUUCGGGCCGCCCUUUCGAAGCACAACAAGACUGCUUUGAGACCCGUUGCUGAGAAUCUGGAUAUACUUCAGAAGCUAAACAUCAUGGUCGAUUACGAUGAGAAUGGCUAUCUUCUACAGAUCUUUACUCGCCCAUUGGAAGACCGUCCGACUGUGUUUGUUGAGAUCAUUCAGCGUAACAAUCAUAAUGGUUUUGGCGCUGGAAACUUUAAAAGUCUCUUUGAGAGUCUUGAGAUUGAACAGAACAUUCGUGGAAAUUUGACUGAUAUGAAACAGCCUACUGCUGUUCUUAGCAACUAA